AGAUUAAUCAUUUAUUAAUCAAUAUUAUAGUUAAUUAUUGUUAACACAGAAAAAAGAAUGAGUGUGCUUUCUUUUAAUGAUAUUUUAUAAUAGUUCAUUACAAUCAUAGUUGAAGUAUAAUUAUACGUAUUAUAAUAAUAUUGAUAAUUGUGCCGAUUUAUCAAUAUUUCUUAUAUUCACUUAAUAUGUUAUAUUGGUUGCCAAAAAAACGCUUAAUAAAAAGGUAACAAUUUUUUUUUGUUGUGCCUGCAUGAUAACAAAGACUUAAAGAAUUAAUAGGAUUAAGAGAUAUAAAAAUUUUUUUGUAUAUAUUUACCAUUAAUAUAUUAACUUAUAAGUAUACGAACGGAUUCAACCAUUAUUCAACAAAGACAGGCUUCUAAUGCAAAAAAUAUUAAGAACAUAACAUUCCAAAUAAAAUGUGCUUUUAUAACUUCCUGCAAUAAAUUUUGCUAACUGAAAGUAUUUUACAUCAUAAAAGGACUUGUGACAGGAAUCCUUAAGCUUUGGUAACUACUAACAAACAUGCGAUCGAGUUACCUACUCUUAGCAGCAGUGAUACCAUUCGUCGUCCUUGAUAUUUGGUACACAGGAAUAUGUUUAUUGUGGAUCAUGAAAGUAUCAAUUCUAACUUAUCUUAUUUUAUUUGGUAUUUUACCUAUUAUAUUUCAUUAUUCUUAUACAGUACAAAAAAAAAUCCUUUUUUUAAAUUUUGUAUAUUGGCCACUUAACACUGAUUUUUCGAAACCAGAGAUUCUUGGCUUGAAAGGAGUUAGAAAUUUUUACUUGCAUACCAAUGAACACGUAAAAUUAGGAAUAUGGCAUAUAUUACCGCAAUCUUUAAUAAAUGAUUCAUUUGUUCCAACGAAUGAAGCUUUUGAAACUUCUUUACAUAACAGUAGUAAACCAGUUUUUGUAUAUAUGCAUGGAAAUAGUGGAAAUAGAGCAAGUAGCCACAGAUUAGAACUUUAUAAACUUUUCCAAAAUUUGGAUUAUCAUGUUGUGUGCUUUGAUUAUAGAAGUUAUGGAGAUAGCGACAAAGCAGACCUCUCAGAAACAGGUAUCGUCAAUGAUAGUAAAUAUAUUAUUGAAUGGGUAAUGGCUAAAGUUAAUGGCACUGCACCUGUUUUUGUUUGGGGACAUUCUUUGGGUACUGGAGUGUCCACGCAUGCAUUAGCAUUAUUAGGUGCUAAAGGUAUAAUGCCUACGGGUUUGAUACUCGAAUCACCUUUCAAUAAUAUUCUUGAUGAAAUAAGCGAGCAUCCAUUUGCACAGAUAUUUAAACACUUACCAUGGUUCAAUUGGCUAAUUGUAGAACCUUUCUAUCACAAUGGUUUACGAUUUGAAUCUGACAAACACAUUAAAAAUAUUACUUGUUCUGUUAUGAUAUUACAUGCUGAAGAUGAUAACAUUAUACCAUUAUAUUUGGGUGAAAAAUUGUAUCAAGCAGGAUUGAAUUAUCAUAAAAAUGAAACAAAUCUAAUUGAAAUGGUUAGAAUAGAAGCAUUAUAUGAACUUGGACAUAAAUAUAUUUGUCGAUAUAAAAUAUUACCGAAUAUAAUUGAGUCGUUUGUAACAAAAUUACAAAAAAAACAAGACUGAAGAAAAUACUUAAACUAUCUACAGUAUUACUAUGCAAUUUAGUUUCCAAUAGAGUUUUGAUGGUAUUUUGUACAUUUAAAA